CAGUCCGUAUUGUGAUUUUCAAGCCAAGGAAAGAGACGGCAGUGUAGAGAGAGAAAGUAGAGUGAGAAACCAGGGUCCAGGAGACAACACUGAGAAUUCGGCUUCUAAAAACAUAGGUCUCAACGCAGUCUUCUACAGUUGAGUUCCGGUGGUUGGAGACGUCAGAUCUGACCGGCAAAUCAACGUCCGGUGAGGUGGAUGCUUUUUAUAUUGCAUCUGAUGCGAUCGAUUCAGAGAUUGUAUAGUUGAGGUUCAAGUUUCUAUAGAGUCAAAUUUUGGGGUUUAAUCGAUCGAGAACAGGAUGAUAGAGUGCAGCGUCUGUCAUUCCAAGUUGGUGUCCCCAACUACAAGAGCUGUGUCAAAGGCUUACGAUCAACACAAGAGCAAGAUAUCAUCAAAACAACGGGCCCUCAAUGUCCUUUUGGUUGUUGGUGAUUGUAUUUUAGUGGGCUUCCAGCCUAUUUUGGUUUAUAUGUCCAAGGUGGAUGGGAAAUUUAAGUUUAGUCCAAUUAGUGUCAACUUUUUGACGGAGGCUACGAAGGUGCUCUUCGCAAUUAUUAUGCUUUUGAUCCAGGCUAGGCGCCAGAAAGCUGGAGAGAAGCCACUACUCUCAGUUUCCACAUUUGUGCAGGCUGCUCGCAGCAAUAUGCUUCUUGCCGUUCCAGCGUUUCUCUAUGCAAUCAAUAACUAUCUAAAGUUCACCAUGCAGCUAUAUUUCAAUCCUGCAACUGUGAAGAUGCUUAGCAAUCUAAAGGUUUUGGUGAUUGCUGUUCUCCUAAAAAUAAUAAUGAAACGUCGAUUUUCCAUAAUUCAGUGGGAGGCCCUUGCUCUGUUGCUGAUCGGGAUAAGCAUAAAUCAACUGCGCUCCCUACCUGAGGGUACUACUGCUCUGGGUCUUCCAGUUGCAAUGGGUGCAUACAUCUAUACUUUAAUCUUUGUGACUGUACCGUCGAUGGCCUCAGUCUACAAUGAAUAUGCUCUCAAGAGUCAAUAUGACACAAGCAUCUACCUUCAGAACUUGUUUUUAUAUGGAUAUGGGGCCAUUUUCAACUUUCUUGCUAUUAUUGGAAUUGCCAUUUUCAAAGGUCCCAGUAGCUUUGAUAUACUGCAAGGACAUUCAAAAGCUACCAUGCUUCUAAUAUUUAACAAUGCAGCACAAGGAAUUCUAUCCUCCUUUUUCUUCAAAUAUGCUGAUACAAUUUUGAAGAAGUACUCAUCGACUGUUGCCACGAUCUUUACUGGCAUAGCAUCUGCUGCUUUGUUUGGUCAUACACUGACUAUAAACUUUAUUUUAGGAAUUUCAAUUGUGUUCAUCUCAAUGCACCAGUUCUUUUCACCUCUUUCAAAAGUCAAGGAUGAACAACAAAAUGGGGUGCUGGAAUUAUUGGAUAUUAAGAAUAAUCACAGAUCAAAAGAUUCAUCUUUCAUAAAUAUGGCAGCAGGAGCAAAUGAGGAGGCUAGUCAUCGUGUAGAAUCUAAUGAAUUACAGCCGCUUCUUCCUAGAUGAAGUCACUCAGGAGGUUGUUUGUAGGUAUGAAUUCUUUUUGCUGGACUUGCAAGGGAUUAGAUUUAGCAGGUCAGAGGAUUACUCGGCGAAAUAAAAAGGAAUUCUUUUUACUUAAAUGGGUUUCUUGCUCUGUGGUUUCCCUUGCAUGAUCGUGAAUACAACCUUCUCUGAAGAAUGAGCUUGAUGUAUAGACCGUGCGAUGGUGAAAGAGAUAUGGACACAGAAUACCAGCAAACAAUGGUGUGUUCGUUCGUCAACCAUCAUGCGGGACAAGAAAUAUACAAAUGCUGUGUUAUUAGUUUCAUUUGUAUUCUUAAUCUUUAGAGUAGUAGUUAUAGAUAAAUUUUCACCUUUUCUUUUCUAUUACCAUAUGCCUUGUUUUUUUUUUUUUUAAACAUAAAAAUGAAUUAGAAUUUUUGUAUAUCGAGUAUAAUUGAUUGGAUAGGAUGAGAGGGCACUGUCAGGUAAUGUUGUCAUUCCAUUGUAUUUGGAGGGUUUCAAUGAAUAAUAAUGUUUUAUGAUGUCUUAAGGUUUUA